UGUUCUGCCGUUAUACGCAGCCCCAGCCUGAGAGAGAGAGAGAGAGAGAGAGAGAGAGAGGAGAGAGAGAGAGAGAGAUCAGAAUCAACCGAAAAUGGUGACGUACAGGUUCCAUCAGUACCAGGUGGUGGGGAGAGCUCUGCCGACGGAGACGGAGGAGCACCCGAAGAUCUAUCGUAUGAAGCUUUGGGCCACCAAUGAGGUUCGCGCCAAGUCCAAAUUCUGGUAUUUCUUGAGGAAACUUAAAAAGGUGAAGAAGAGCAACGGUCAGGUUCUUGCCAUCAACGAGAUUUUCGAGAAGAACCCAACGACAAUCAAAAACUACGGUAUCUGGCUGCGAUAUCAAAGUAGAACCGGCUAUCACAACAUGUACAAGGAGUACCGUGACACUACAUUGAACGGUGCUGUUGAGCAUAUGUACACCGAGAUGGCUUCUCGUCACAGGGUGCGUUCACACUGCAUCCAGAUUAUCAAGACAGCCACUAUUCCAGCUAAGCUUUGCAAGAGAGAGAGUACCAAGCAAUUUCACAACUCGAAGAUCAAGUUCCCUUUGGUGACGAGGAAGGUGAGGCCACCUACGAGGAAGCUCAAGACCACUUACAAAGCAACCAAGCCCAAUUUGUUUAUGUAAUUUCUAGCUAUCCAAUUUCUCUGGAUUUUUUU